CUGGAUGUAGCCUUCAAUGAUGCUCUGUCCAACAACAGCAAAGCCCUCAAUACCCACUGCAAAGCCGCCUCCACGAUAGGUCUCCAAUGCCUAGAAGCCAUCGACAAUGUUUUCAAUCCACCCACCCUGGACGACGACACUCUCCUCACUCUCAUUGCCUACUGUCACCCCGACCAAAACUGGUCUGAUGAUCCCACCAAAAUUGCCAAGAUAGCCGCCGCCAUUCUCAAGACUUACCCCUUCCCCAAUAAAACCGACUUCAUCACCUCUACAAUCCUCCAGUCGUAUCUCCGGCCUCUUUUCUCAAAGUCUAAACCGUCUACUAUCACCUCUUCAGGCCGCAAAGCAGAAUACCAAACCGACAACUCCCGAGAUGGCAUCCCCGACGACACCGCUGCAACUAAACCAUGGAAGUUUACUGACCUUCGCUCCAUUCCGGUGUUCUCAUGGGCAGUGACAGAAGCUAAUAACGCCCUGAUAAGCACCCACUGGCCCUCCUAUAUCCCCGUCCUCCUAACCCUCGCUGACGACUCCACCACCCCCAUCCGCCAAACCGGCCUCAACAUCCUAUCCAACUUCCUCACCAAGAUCCCCGCCAAAACCCUGCAGGACACCGGUCUAGGCCAAGUCUUUGCCGAUGCUGUAUUUCCAACACUGUCUUACCUUCCUUCUUUAACACCCGAGGAUGAAUCCCUUCAGCUCUUGGAACCAGCCUACAAAGCUUUGCUAGUUUUGGCAGGGAAGCAGUCCGCCACAGGAGGCAAAGAGGGGAGAGGUAGUAGUCCCAGGCACAAGCUACUCGACCACCUGAUCCGCGAGGGCAUCUUCACAGGGUACCUUCACGCCAAAAACCAUGUCAGGAUUGUCGAGCUGCUCUGUCGAGAGACGGUGGAGAUUGUAGACGCGAUGGGGGUUCAUGCUGUUAAACAUCUCAAGGAUAUGAUUCCCAUGAUCUCCGCCAUCCUCACCGACCCAUUCGCUUCCGCCGCACCGCGGACUCUCCUCUCCGCUGUCAAAGCACUCCAGGCGGUUCUGAGGAACUGCUGGCCCAGGCUUAUGACUGGGUCGGUUUGGCAGGAUGAGAUUAUUAACGCGCUUGUAAUGUGCUGGCUGAAUCUUGAUGAGCCGACUAACAACAUCAGUGACGACAGCCUGGAAGAGGUUAGAAAGGAACUGGUUACUUCUUUCCAGGCUUUGUCUGCUAUUGCAAGGACAGAGGGGACGGACCUCUCUGCGAGGGUUGAGCCAUUGGUGGCGAAGGCUGGGUCUUUGGCUGGGUUGUUUUUGGGUCUGGUUGAUGAUGAUAUGGGGUUUUGA